ACGAACGAUCUUACAAUCUAUCGGGUGGAUGAUUUCAUAAGCGUAAGUAACAGUUUGCGGAUGAAGGUGCCAGUUACUGGAUGAAAGCAAAAACAAAACAAUGUUGUGCUACAAAUUCUAACCGGUGUGUUAAAUAGACAACAGGCUAGCGAGACAGCUGGCUGGUGUGCCCCGAGGAGGUAGGGUAAUACAAUGUUUAGUAAACACAUGGCAAUGGGUGGAUCUUGUUAUUAGCCGACGUUCACGUGAGGCAAAAAUUAAACCUUGCAUAGACUGCCAACGCCGUCGACAAGCACCUAGGCCAUACACUUAGUCGCUCCAUUGAUUUAAUGGGCUCAGUUCUGCGGUAAACAACGCGCAUGUUUGUGUUGUUUUACGCAUGUAAAAUUUUAAAAAAUUUCCCACUGCCCACACCGCAUCAACAAGCAGCGGUGGUUGUUGGUUGUUUUAGCAAACAAGACAAAGCCGUUACUACCGAAUUUCUUAAAGUCACCCCUGUUCCCUUAUCAAGCGAGAGGGUGAGCAAGAUGUUUACUGCAGCCCAGUCGCCCCGACAACAUUAACUCCUGAAUAACUUCCCCAACCGUGUUUGGGUGUGUUUAUGUGUGUGAGUGUGUGUAUGCUUGGUUUCUACGCAGUGCAUCGUCGGUCAAGGAUUGUCCUCAUAAUUGGUAAGAUCGUCAGUGACAACACCACAGCCUUACCUCAUCACAUAAAAGGGAAGCGACAGCCAGCAGCGCAACACAGGUAAGCACGUGGUCGCUGGUGUUGCAACCGUUUGGAAGCGAAUUGACACACAAUUCGCAUUGUAUCGCACAAAUGUCUGGCCGACCGUCUUAUGUCGAUCAUCAAUCAAUUCAGCUUACAGCGGAGGCUGUAAACGUAGAGUAACAGGCAAGACGAGCCACGAACUGAGAAGCGACGACAAUGACGAUAAUGCUUCCCCUGUCGAUGGCCGACUGUGUCGAUUAGACAACAAUUCGGACCGAACCGGACUGAUAAUGGGAAAUUCGAGCCACCGAGCCACUGGCAGGAGGAGUGGGUUCGAAUUGAACCGUUUUACCUUUACCUAUCCGGAGAGCGCAUCCGCCAUCGAAGCAACCAAACCCGGAAACUCCGCACUUGACCCAACACGCCACUGCCAAGAUGAUGUCCAGAAAGCUGAUCGAUGAAAGCCGGGAAGGAUACCUGGAGAAUGAAAACUCCCCCUUCCUGAUCAGCAACUACGGGUACGGCAAGGACAGCGUGAAGGUAAUGCACGUGGUGCGCAGCGGGCUGGUGCACACGAUAAAAGAGUUUGAGGUGGGCACAAAGCUGAAGCUACGCAGCCAGAAGGACUAUCUUGAGGGCGAUAACAGCGACAUUGUGGCAACGGAUUCGCAGAAAAACACCGUCUACCUGUUGGCGCGCAAGCACGGCCUCAAGUCACCGGAAGAGUUUGGCAUCCUGCUGUGUCAUCACUUUCUCAGCAAGUACUCGCACGUGGAGGAGGUGUCGAUACACAUCGAGGAGUAUCCGUGGUCGCGGAUGGGCUUCGGUACCGGCCCGUACAAGGAUCUGCAUAAUCACGCGUUCGUCUUCACGCCGACCGCCAUCCGGUACACGGACGUCACGCAGAAGCGAACCGAAAUCAAACCGACCGUCAUCAGUGGGCUGACGGAUUUGCGCGUCCUCAAGACGACACAGUCGGCGUUCGUGAACUUCGUCAACGAUGAGUAUCGCUCGCUGCCCGACCAGCACGACCGUAUUUUCAGCACGGUGGUCCGUUCCUCCUGGCAGUACUCAACCGUCACCGGGGUCGAUUUUGAUUACUGCUGGAACAAGGUGAAGCAGUGCAUCCUGAACAACUUUGCGGGCGAAACGGAGAAGGGCAUCUUUUCGCCGAGCGUCCAGAACACGCUCUACCUGGCGGAGAAGCAGGUGCUGGAGACGAUACCGGAAAUUUCGUCCAUCGACAUGACGAUGCCAAACAAGCACUACUUCACGUUCGACUUCAGCAAGUUCCCGAAGGUGGUGAACGAGGUCGAGCUGAAGGAGGAGACGGUGUACGUGCCGGUGGACAAGCCGGCGGGCAUCAUCUACGCCCAGCUCGAUCGGAAAUCGGAUCAGUACGUGAAGAGUAAGCUGUGAGAUGGUUGCCUGUGGAUGGAUGGAGAACUGUGACCCGCGAAACCGGGCAACGCUAGUGGACUGUUUGGUCUUUGUUUUUAUUCUAUGAACGCUAAGGUGUGUCCUCAAGUAAACGUUAGCGUAAGUGAUGAUGUCAUGCCGAGCUUCCUUGUAUGGUCAUCUUGGCUGGACUGUACCUCUGUCCCGUGAAUUAUUGCUGAAUGUUUGCACGACUUUGAAGCGCCAAUUGUUAAUACUUAUCGUUUGUUUUUGUGGUCAAAAUGAUGCUCCAAAAAGGUUAUGAUUCAUGCAAACAAACGACACUUUUCGAAUGUUUGCGUGGUGGGCAGUGAAGAGUGAAAUAAUUAAUUCUUUGGAAUUGAUGCACACACCCUUUGGAACAUGCAUCAAAGGAUUGGAGGGAAAAUCAAUUUGUUUGAUUGAAGCGUUGAGUGUGGGAAGUGCAUUUGUAUCAUUUUUUUGUGCAUUUAUUACACUCCCACAGAGUAGCAGAGAAGCCAGAACGUUCCAGUUUGAUUGUUAAUAUAAGUCGAUAAGGAUAAUUUUAUCUCAAUAAAUGAUAUUAUAGCAUUA